AUGGGUGCUCUCAUCAUCGGUCCGACCACUCCUUUUGGUAUACCUCAUACGGAGAAGCAAAUCGAACUUGUGCAUGUUCGGAAGGUCUUGUACAGUGUUCUAACCGAGUGGUCGAAGCAACGUGGCCGCCCUCUGGACGCAAGUAUUCAUGCUCCAGUCCAUCUGCGCCGCCUUGAGCAGGCUCGGUUUGAGCGAGUGAGUCGGGCUUCCGCCUCUGAGGUCGCUCUUAGGAUCUAUCGCACAGAGUUUGUCAAGUCUAUCCAAGAGGAGGGCCUGUGUCAGCUUAUCGCUUCCAUUGUUCGUAUCUUUCCUCAUCCUCUCCUCUCCUCUCUCCUCGUCUCACUUACACCUUCGCUUGACCAGGAUUUCUCCGACGAGAAUUCCUCCGAGGCAGCUUUGGUUGACGGCAUCAAGUUCUCCAGCAACACCGGUACCAACCCUGCUGCCGCUGAUUUCACUCCCCCGGCCAACCCCAAGGCUAGCACUACCACCCCUGCUAGUGUCCCCACUAUGCGUACUGUUCGCUCCCCUCAGGAGUUUUUGGACUCCUUCAAGGCCGUUCAUACCCGUGGCUUCAAUCUGGGUGGUCAGCGAGUUGCCCCUCGACGUCUUGCCUUCAAGAAUGUUCCUGAAUGGGCUACAUACUCGGACAUGUUGUGCCUUGUUCACGGUGGUGCCGUGGAUCGCAUCUUCCGCGGCGAAGAACAUGAGUUCAUCGUUCAGUUCUGCGAUGAGGAAAGCUGCACCCAGUAUCUUGGGGCCUAUCCGUCUGGCAUCAAGCUUGAAGACGACCACAUCAUCGAGGUGGUCCGGGCUUCUGGUUCGGACAAGAUCACUCCAACGUUCACCAGCCUGAUGGAGAGUGAGGCUUCGCGUGUGGUCCGUGUGGCAAAUGUUCCCCUCGACAAACCUCUUCAGGAUCUGCACGAUUUGACUGGCGGCAUGGCUGUUGACCAUAUCUUGUACAAUGCUCGCGCCGGUUGUCCUGGCUCUGCCUACUUUUUCUUCUGCAGCGUUUCCCACGGUAACAAAUUCUUCACUAAAAUCGACGAGGAACAACCCUGGGACGACUGUGCUCCUGGAUUCAUGACCGAUCCGUACGUAUUAUCUCAGAUCACACUAUACAACCCAGUGCAAUCCUAUGCUGACUUCAAAACGCAGAUGCAAGGUCGCCAGUUCCUUCCACAGCAACUCGAUCCCUUACCAGAUGUCGACUGCCCAGGCCGCCUGAUCGACUCGAUGUGGACCACUCUUGAUCCUAGUCAACGAUUUUCUAUUCUGCACCACGAGGAAUAUCGUUCAGUCAACUGGGAUCGACAGAUUCAUGUGGCAGACCUACACGAAAUUAUGGGUGGAUGA